AGAGGAGGAACUGUGGAGCAGUCAGGAGGGAGAGCAGCUUCAAGGGCUGGAGGAGGCUGAUAUCACCAAGUUCACAUUCACUCCUGUCCCUGUGAAGAGUGAAGAUGAUGAAGAGAAACCUCAGUCUGAGGGACACCACUGUGGAGGACCAGGACCACCAAGACCGGGACCCGGUGGAGGAGAACUACCAGUGCUCAGAGGAGGAGAACUACCAGUGCUCAGAGGAGGAGAACUACCAGUGCUCACAGGAAGAGAACUACCAGUGCUCAGAGGAGGAGAACUACCAGUGCUCGGAGGAGGGGAACUACCAGCGCCUGGAGGAGGAGUACGACCAGUGCUCAGAGGAGGAGAACUACCAGCGCCUGGAGGAGGAGUACGACCAGUGCUCAGAGGAGGAGAACUACCAGUGCCUGGUGGAGGAGAACUACCAGUGCUCACAGGAAGAGAACUACCAGUGCUCAGAGGAGGAGAACUACCAGUGCUCGGAGGAGGGGAACUACCAGCGCCUGGAGGAGGAGUACGACCAGUGCUCAGAGGAGGAGAACUACCAGCGCCUGGAGGAGGAGUACGACCAGUGCGCAGAGGAGGAAUACGACCAGUGCUCAGAGGAGGAGUGCGACCAGUGCUCGGAGGAGGAGUGCGACCAGUGCUCGGAGGAGGAGUGCGACCAGUGCUCGGAGGAGGAGUACCAGUGCCCAGAGACUCUUCUGAACCAGACACUGAUGACGAGACCAGAGACCCUGUUGUCGCUGAGAUUGAAGUCAGUGUUGAUGACUGGAAGGAGACCAGAGAACCUCAGUUGGGUUUAAACUCUCUGGGAAACAAUGACAUCCCUGUGAAUCAUCUGAAACGAUUCAGCUGCUCUGAGUGCGGGAAAAGUUUUGGCCUGAAGGCAACACUGAAGAAACACCUGAGGACUCACACCGGAGAGAAACCGUUCAGCUGUAUCGUUUGUGAGAAAUCUUUCACACAGAGAGGAAGUCUUCAGUUACACCUGCAGAUCCACACCGGAGAGAAACCAUUUGGCUGCGUAAUCUGUGAUUUCAAAUGUCGGCGAAAAUCAUAUCUGCAGAAACACAUGAGAACUCACACAGGAGAGAAACCAUUUAGCUGCUCUGUCUGCGGUCGAAGGUUCACCUGGUCUCAACAGGCCAAAAGACACACCUGUGCCAACCGUCAGCCGUCACAGCUUCAUCAGACUCAACCUGAGCAGAGCAGAGUGGCGGAGCCUCCAGACGGCACCUCAGCUGAUGGAAACAGAAGCUGAUGGACACCACUGUGGAGAACCGGGACCAGGACCAACCAGGAAUUCAGGUCCAGAAACUGAGGACAAGUCAGGAGACUCUUCUGAAGCUGAGAGUUACGACAGUGAUGAUUGGACGGAGACCAAAGAACCUCAGUCACCUUUAGACUGUGAAAAAUUAACUUCCUGUUUGUGGUAUGACUCAUGUCACUGUGGGCUGAGUGUGUCUGAAAUAAAUCUAGUGUGCAUGAAAACUCA